CGCGUCUCUCUCUCUCUCUCUCUCUCUCUCUCUCUGCGAUUUUGGGAAAAAGCUUUGAUCUUUGGGAUCCAUGGCGGAGGUGUUGAGCAAGAGCAAGCUCCUUUUUCCAAGUGAAGGACGGUCUGUUUCUUUUUCACGGAUGAGGAGGAGUAAUUCUCUUGCUGGGCUUCAUCCGUCUCUGUCUCCAAGUUUUCGAUCUUUGAGGUUUUCUUCGUCUUCUUCUUCCUCCCCCUCCGUAGGUAAUGGUGGGAUGGCUUUGGGAGAUUGGAGUCGAAGGCGAUCUGUAGAGAGGAACGCCAUUGAUUGUCUCCAUGCCAAGAUGAGCCUUCGCAUUGGAAAAUCUGUGAAAUGGUGGGAAAAGGGACUGCAAUCAAAUAUGAAGGAGGUCCAAUCAGCACAAGACCUUGUUGAUUCUUUGUUGAACGCUGACAACAAGCUUGUUAUUGUUAAUUUCUACUCCCCUGGCUGUGGAGGCUGCAAAGCUCUCCAUCCCAAGAUUUGCCAGUUUGCAGAGUUGAAUCCAGAUGUUCUGUUUUUCCAAGUGAACUACGAAGAGCAUAAAUCAAUGUGUUAUAGUUUGAAUGUUCAUGUUCUCCCCUUCUUUAGGUUCUACAGGGGAGCUCAUGGCCGGCUUUGUAGCUUCAGCUGUACCAAUGCAACUAUUAAGAAGUUUAAGGAUGCAUUGGCCAAGCACAGCACAGAGAGAUGCAGCCUUGGGUCAGCAAAGGGCCUUGAGGAAUCAGAGCUCUUGGCUCUUGCCGCAAACAAGGAUCUCUCAUUUAAUUACUUCAAGAAACCAAUGCCUGUUCCUGCACCAGAUGAUGUUGCAGAAGCAACUCCCAUCAGCCCAAUGUUUUCUCCAACUAGAGUCCUUAAAGGUUCUGAGGAUAAGGUUUUUAGCAAAGUUGGAUAAAAAAGAGGAGAUGGCUCAUUGUCAUUUUACUCUCCCUAUUGUACAGUUGUUACCUGUAAAGUUUGUCAGAUGAAUCUUAUGAAGAAAAUAUUGUGCAUUUGUUCUUCAUUUCUAGUACAAAUGAAUGAGCUUUGUAUCACUGAGAAAUCAAUGUUAUCAGAAAUAUGUCUUCCUUUUUGUGCCCAA